AUGGAAUCUGAAAGCUUUUUAACGCCUCGUAAGUUAAUCGUAAGCGCUUUGGCUCGAACUUCAUCUCGCUCAUCGAUGGCAUCUUCACCAUCGCUAAUGGCCGUGCAAACGCCGACAUCACUGUCACGAAACAGCACCAGUUGCAGUAACACGAAUGGAAGUCGGUUCAAUCUUUUACCCGUGCUCCAUACGCCUCCAUCACGCAUGUUCAAGGGCCGUAUCGUAAAUCCAUUCGAAUCUCAUCUCGCCGAUCGUUUGCAUUUACCAAUGAUUGGGAGCCCUUCGCUCUUUCAACGUCCUUCUACACCUUUGAACAGCAGCAUGAGCCAAUUCGAAUGGAAUAUCGAUGAUGUGUCGUCGCUUGGACCGGCUAAUGUUGAGCCGCAUGAAACUCAAUUUUUAGAAACACCCGACCCAGUUAAAGAAGCCCGAGCCCAGGCUGCCAUCAGCACAUACUUUAAGGAACACAGUAUUGUGCCCAGUCCAAUUGAAUGUCAUCUGCGGAACCAAAAAAUAGUUCUUGCCAAGGAAAAUCUGCACACCUCGACAUCCGGAAGUGUAACAGGAAGUACGAAGCGGAAAUUUCGUGAUGGAACUUGCCAAACGGUGCUUACUUUUCCGCCGAAUCUUCCCAAAGUAAUUGAGGAUGUUUUACAAAAAUAUUUGAUAUUCAACGAGGAUCAGCAACAAAAGCACGAAUUGCCGUUGGAUGUAUCGUCUAGCAGCAGCAUAGACCACGACGCCCGGGAUGCUUCUUUGCGGCGAAAACUUUUCAACACAUCUGCUAUAAACGAAGAUACGGACAGUGAUGCAGGUAGUGCGAACCGCUUCCAAAAUUCCAUUGAAGACUUAGAUCUAAGAGCGCUCAGUCCACCUCCAAUUUCACCGGAAGUAAUGGUUAUACCAGAAUUGGCAAAUGUACAAGAUUUAAAACGGAUACGAUAUUACGGUUCACAAGAUAUCCUUAAUCAUGUGAUUGAAAGUGACGGAGACAGCUCGUUCGGGGCCCUUUCGCCCAUUUCAAAAAGUUCUCUCAGUCCUUCACCAAACGAAGCUUACGAGCAACAUCAUUCUGAUGUGGAUGCCAUAUAUCGUAGCACGCCGGAACCUUCUACCACAUACUACAGUGAUAAUCAAUCUCCUGGACUUAGUAGCAGCCAACUAAUCACUGGUGGAUCUAUAAAACAUACUGAGUUAACAGCGGAAUUGGCUGAAACAAAUUUAUCCAAUGACGGCGAAAGAAGUUUAACUUUAUCAUCACAAUCUUCAUCAUCUGACCUUUCCCAACGAGUACAGCACUCUAUUACUCCUCUUCGGGGCCAUCGAAGGAAGGAUCAAAGAAAAAACAAUCGUAAAAAUUUGUCCCAAUCUUUUCUUCAACUUACCGACAAUAAUGUCGAAAAUGUAGCACAUAGACACAUUCCCUGUGACAUGUCUGCUAGUCAACACAUUUCCUUGAAGGAGCUUUCCCCUAUCAAGGAAAUAGUGGGACUAUCGGAAACUGAGCAGCAUAUUGUGAAUUUCUACCGUACCGAUAGUGGAUUUAAUGAAGAAAAUCAGAGCAAUGACUUCGUUAACGAGCUAUCGGAUGUAUCAAUGCUUUCGGGAGAAUUCGUAAUUACGCCGGGAAAGAAAAUAGUGGAUACAAUAGAUGGCUACGGCACCGAUAAUUAUAAGGUAUAA